CUCUCACAUCAACCUCAAUAUCCUGUUUAUCUACAAAUUCACACAAGCAUCAACCAUGACCCUCGUACACAUCGUCCUCUUCAAAUUCCGCUCCGACGUGAGCGAGGAGCACAAAAGCACCUUCGUCACCGAACUCAAGAAGCUCAAGAACCUCCCGUGCGUCAAGAAUGGCCGGCUCAUCGUCGGGGGACCCAGCGUGACGGACCCGAUCGACCGCAGCAAGGGGUUCCAGAUCGCGCUGGUGAGCUACCAUGAGAAUCUGGCGGCGUUGGCGGAGUACCAGGCGAGUCAGGAGCAUCACUGGGUGACGUCGACGUAUAUGUUCCCGUACAAAGAGGACCUCGUGCGGUUCGACUUCGAGGUCGAUCCGGAGGAUGAGUAUAUGUGUCAGUUUGCGGUUUGAGUUUGACUACGGGGAUAAUGGGGCGGAGGCAC